UCUCCAGAAACGGUUCCAGUCUCUCCGAAACUAACCAGCAGGAGUCACACGGACGCUGUUUUUAUCCUAGGGAGCCGAAAAGACCCGGAGAAAGUCAAAGCGGAAGUGAGGGGCUAAGCGGAGCAGGAAAACUUUUUUUUGGGGGGGGGGGGAACUUGGAGACGCUGCAUCACGUCGGAGCUGCGGGAUGCAAAGUAAAAAGUCGAGUUAAGUUUCAAAGGCAACCUUGGUCGUUGAGGCACAAUGGGACUCCCCACGCUGGAGUUCAGCGACUCGUUCCUGGACAGCCCGGACUUCAGAGAGCGGAUCAAAUGCCAUGAAAUAGAGCUGGAGCGGACCAAUAAAUUCAUCAAAGACCUCAUCAAAGAUGGGAACAUGCUUAUCACUGCGCUCAAAAAUCUUUCCGCCGCAGUCCAGAAGUUCUCCCAGUCCCUGCAGGAGUUCCAGUUUGAGUGCAUCGGCGAUGCAGAAACCGAUGACGAAGUGAACAUCGCCCAGUCAUUCAAAGAGUUCUCCCAGCUCUUAACCACUGUAGAAGAAGAAAGAAGACGCUUGAUUCAGAAUGCAGAUGAUGUGUUGAUCACUCCCUUGGAGAGAUUCCGGAAGGAGCAAAUCGGGGCUGCCAAGGAGGGGAAGAAGAAAUUCGACAAGGAAACAGAGAAAUACUACUCCACUCUUGAGAGACACCUCAACUUAUCAUCCAAAAAGAAGGAAGCCUAUCUGCAGGAGGCUGACACGCAGAUUGAUAAGGAGAGACAACUCUUCUAUGACGCGUCCCUGGAAUAUGUUUUCAAAAUACAAGAAGUCCAAGAAAAGAAGAAAUUUGAGUUUGUAGAGCCGCUCCUGGCCUUCCUCCAGGGCUUAUUCACAUUCUACCAUGAAGGAUAUGAGCUGGCUCACGAGUUCGAGCCGUACAAACAGCAGCUGCAGUUCAACCUACAGAACACACGAAACAACUUUAUGAGCACUAAGCAGGAAGUGGAGAAGCUGAUGAAGAGGAUAAGGUCUGCAGAUCAGGACUAUAAACCCCCGGGCCAGUGGACGAUGGAAGGCUUCCUGUACGUCCAGGAGAAACGUCCCCUGGGAUGCACUUGGACACGUCACUACUGCACAUAUGAGAAAGGCAGCAAGGCCUUCACCAUGAGCAACACUGAAACCAAAUCUGCCGGGAAACAGAAUGGUCUUGUCGUGAACCAGCCCGAGAUGUUCAAGCUCAAGUCCUGCAUUCGGAGGAAAACGGACUCCAUCGACAAGCGUUUCUGCUUCGACAUCGAAGUGAUGGAGAGAAAUGACAUCUGUCGUGGAACUCUUUUCAGACCGCUUCAGUUUUUCUGUAAAGUCCGGCAUGGUGUGAUGACACUGCAGGCACAGUCAGAGUCCAACAGAAGAUUGUGGCUGGAGGCCAUGGAUGGCAAGGAGCCGAUUUACAACCUGCCAGCCAUUUUAAGCAAAAAGGAGGAGACAUUUCUUAAUGAGGCGGGUUUUAACUUCGUAAGGAAAUGCAUUGACCUGGUGGAGAAUAGAGGCUUAACUACAAUGGGACUGUACAGAAUCGGAGGAGUCAACUCCAAAGUACAGAAGCUGAUGACCACGGUGUUCUCAACCAAGGCACCUGUGGAUAUGGACCUGGAUCCGGAGACGUGGGACAACAAAACUAUCACCAGCGGCCUGAAGAAUUAUCUCAGGUGUCUCUCUGAGCCUCUAUUGACAUUCAAGCUCCACAAAGACUUUGUCCUGGCUGUUAAGUCAGAUGACCAGAACUACAGGGUGUGUGCUGUCCAUGCGUUGGUUCAUAAGCUCCCUGAAAAGAACAGGGAAAUGCUGGAGCUUCUAAUAAAACACCUUGUCACGGUCUCCACUCAAAGCCAGUCCAACCUGAUGACGGUGUCCAACCUGGGGGUCAUUUUUGGGCCCACCCUGAUGCGGUCACAAGAGGAAACCGUGGCCGCCAUGAUGAACAUCAAGUUUCAGAACAUUGUGAUGGAGAUACUCAUCGAGAACUUCAACAAGAUCUUCCACCAGCCUCCGGACCCCAAUGUGCCCCUGCCCCAACCCCAGAGCCGGCCUGGCUCUCGCAGGAGCAGGGCCAUCUGUCUGUCCACGGGGCCCAGGAAGCCCCGCAGCCUCUACACCCCAACACUGUGUCUAGCAGAUGCAGAAAGCCCCUGCAUAGGUGACACUCUCAGCAGCAGUCCGAGCAGCACUCCCAUGGGCAGCAUGGAGUCUUUGUCCUCCCACUCCUCGGAGCAGAACAGCUCCUCCAAAACCGCUUCCUGUUCUCAGACCAAGGACAAGUCUCUGCUGGACCUCCGCCGCUCGCCGUCCCAGCUCUCAGACGGGCCCAGGAGCGCUGUGUGUGUCAGCAGCCCCGAGUCCAGCUCCAGGGAGGACACCGGGCGUACAGACGGCGAGUCCGAGGACGCUCUCAGCCUGUCCUCAAUCAGCACCGUGCCCUGGCUGUCUCCCGCCCCCAAAAAAGCCCCGCACUGCCGCAUGGACCUCAGGCCAGCUCUGCUGAACCGCUCCGCUGCUCCCUCUCUGAAAUCCCUGCAUAUAUCUGAAGGCCUUAGGAGCUGCUCUGGAUCCGUCCAAAGUCUGUCCAAACUGGAUCCCAGUGAGAGUUUAAAGCCUGCCAAGCAGCCAGACCUUCCACCCAAACAAGUGCUGCGCUGCAGGACGGACGCCUCCGUCAGCAACGGCUACCAAAGACCCGGCUCAGUGGUCGCUGCCAGAGCUCUGCUUUUUGAAAAUGCCACUUCCCCGCAGUCGGUUCCAGUUGGAAGAGACGCCAAAGCGAUGUAUUCCUGCGAGGCAGAGCACAGCCACGAGCUCAGCUUCCCCCAGGGGGCGCACUUCUCAAACGUCUACCCGUCUGUUGAACCAGGCUGGCUCCAAGCAACAUACGAGGGGAAAAAAGGUUUAAUCCCUGAGAAUUAUGUUGUCUUCCUCUAACAAGAUUUGAAACAUUGCAUCUUUUUCAUGGCAUCCAUGAAAAAAAAAAAGAUUAAUAAUACACAAUAAUGAUGUGUGUGAUGUGCGUGUUUUUGCUGGCAACUGACAUUUGUCUUUGCAGAUAUUAAACAGGGCAGUAAUUGCUUUUUUUGAGAUUCAGAAGCUAAAGAACUAUGUAAUACAAUGAUAUUUUAUUGUUAGAUGUAAAUAUAUAUCACCCAUCGACUGCACUGAUGUUUUAGUCCCAGUAAUAGCCGACAGAAUCAAAAAACAAUCGCAUUCAAUUUCACAAGUUUUUAUUCUCAGAAAUAUAUUAUAUUUUAACUUCCCAUUAUAUAAACACCCCACUUUCCUUUCGUCAAGUUGUUCAUGGAAAACUGUAGAGUUGCAAAGAUUAAUCAAUUGAUCGAUUAUUUGUCAAGUAUUUAAUUAAUCACCAGUUAUUUUGAUAAUUGACCAAUCAGAUUAGGUCAUUUUUAAAGUACACAUUCUCUGAUUCCUGCAUCUUAAAUGUGAUUAUCUUCUAGUUUCUUCUCUCCUCUGUGACAGUAAACUGAAUACCUUUGUGUUGUGUUGUGGACAAAACAAGACAUUGAGGACGCCAUCUUGGGCUUUAUGGGAAACACUGAUCCACAUUUUAUAGACCCAACAACUAACCCAGUCAUCCAGAAACUAAUCCACACUUUAAUCGACUAUGAAAAUAAUCCUGGUUGCGGCUCUAGAUAUCUGUAGUUUCAUAGACAUUUUCUA